AUGGCUACAUUAGCCAAUUUUACACAGACACUGGAGGAUGUCUUCAAAAAAAUCUUUAUUACUUACAUGGACAACUGGAGGAAGAACACCACAGCCGAAGAGCAAGCACUGCAGGCCAAAGUCGACGCUGAGAACUUCUACUAUGUCAUCCUGUACCUCAUGGUGAUGAUUGGCAUGUUCUCCUUCAUCGUAGUGGCCAUCCUGGUGAGCACGGUGAAAUCAAAGCGGCAGGAGCAUUCCCAGGACCCCUACCACCAGUACAUUGUGGAGGAUUGGCAGGAGAAGUACAAAAGUCAGAUCUUGCAUCUGGAAGAAUCCAAGGCCACCAUCCAUGAGAAUAUGGGGGCAACAGGAUUCACAGUGUCACCCUGAUAAAUAACAAGGGUACAUCUGGCCAUGAAGGGGUGCCUCUGCCACCUAGCGAGUCAGUAGAAAGCUAGUUCCUCUCUGAGCUGAAAAUUUUCUCAGCAAUGGCCUGGCUGGUAGUUGACACAGGUGACAUUUC